AAGAGAAUUAGCUAACCGAAUGUUACGUAAAACUACAAACAACCCAAGGCUGCUGAAUUGUCUGGGGCAAAGCAGCAUUUUCUUAAAUAACCAUAACUGGAAAACGAUAAUAAAUCACUACUGGAAACUUAUCAGGCUAUAGAAGAAAACUGGGACGGCUGAAGAGCUAGGUUGGAAAAAGUUUAUACAAAACCAUGGUGGAAUAUUAUCACAUUUUAGGAGUCCUAAGAAAUGCAUCUCAAGAAGACAUAAAAAAAGCGUACAGAAAAUUGGCACUAAAAUGGCAUCCUGACAAAAACCCAGAAAAUAAGGAAGAGGCAGAGAAGAAGUUCAAAGAACUUUCUGAGGCCUAUGAGGUUCUGUCAGAUGCCAACAAGAGGAACAUGUAUGAUCGCUAUGGUAAAGCAGGCCUAACAACAAACAGCGGAGGAGGUGUUGGACAUUACCACAAUGGUGAUCACUUCAACGAAGGGUUCACGUUCCGCAAUCCUGAAGAUGUCUUCAGAGAGUUCUUUGGCGGUCGAGAUCCUUUUGCGGAUUUCUUUGGAGGGGAUCCGUUUGGGGAUGAGUUCUUCGGUGCAGGGAGGAGGCACCACAGGGGAGUGAGCAGGAGUCGAACGGGGGGACCCUUCUUCGGAGGAUUCGGUGGCUUCCCACCGUUUGGUGCAGGCUUCACAGCGUUUGACCCAGGCUUUACUUCUUUCGGACACAUGGGUCACAUGGGUCAUAUGGGUCCUAUGGGCCAUAUGAGUCACAUGGGUCAUCUGGGAGGAGGAGGAGGAGGAGGCCAUGGUGGCUUCACUGCCUUCUCCUCCACCUCCUUUGGUGGCGGGAGUGGAGGUGGAGGAGGCGGGAUGGGCAACUUCCGCUCUGUAUCAACCUCCACCAAAUUCAUCAACGGCAGGAAAAUCACAACAAAAAGAAUUGUGGAGAAUGGACAGGAACGCGUAGAGGUGGAAGAAGACGGACAGUUAAGAUCACUAACCGUCAAUGGGGCAAAGCCUAUUGCCACAGUUCAAGCAGUCCAACAGGAGGAGUGCAGACAAACUGUUACUGCACACUCCUCCAGUGCACAUGCCUCCCGGUCCCCUGUUCCCCGUCCUCCUUAUCAUCAUGUAAAGACUUCCUCCCACAGGCCCACUCCAGACAGAGAGGAGGGAAGGAGCCCAGCUUCAGUACACAGUGAAAACAAGAGGAAGAAACCCAUGCCUGAGCCCACAGAGGAUGCCAAAAAGAGAAAAACAUGAUCCAGUACACACAGAUCCUUGUCCUCCUAGUCCGCUACGGAAACAAUAUGUUAUUGAUACACCCUUAACAAUGAAUAUUGUUUUAAAGGACACUUAAAUAUGGGGUCCUCAAAGCGCUUUAGCAAGAAUGCACAGAUACUGUAAAUGUAUAAUUCUGACUAGUUUUCUAUUAUACACUGCUCAAAAAAAUAAAGGGAACACUUAAACAACACAAUAUAACUCCAAGUCAAUCACACUUCUGUGAAAUCAAACUGUCCACUUAGGAAGCAACACUGAUUGACAAUAAAUUUCACAUGCUGUUGUGCAAAUGGAAUAGACAACAGGUGGAAAUUAUAAGCAAUUAGCAAGACACCCCCAAUAAAGGAGUGGUUCUGCAGGUGGUGACCACAGACCACUUCUCAGUUCCUAUGCUUCCUGGCUGAUGUUUUGGUCACUUUUGAAUGCUGGCGGUGCUUUCACUCUAGUGGUAGCAUGAGACUGAGUCUACAACCCACACAAGUGGCUGAGGUAGUGCAGCUCAUCCAGGAUGGCACAUCAAUGCGAGCUGUGGCAAGAAGGUUUGCUGUGUCUGUCAGCGUAGUGUCCAGAGCAUGCAGGCACUACCAGGAGACAGGCCAGUACAUCAGGAGACGUGGAGGAGGCCGUAGGAGGGCAACAACCCAGCAGCAGGACCGCUACCUCCGCCUUUGUGCAAGGAGGAUCACUGCCAGAGCCCUGCAAAAUGACCUCCAGCAGGCCACAAAUGUGCAUGUGUCUGCUCAAACGGUCAGAAACAGACUCCAUGAGGGUGGUAUGAGGGCCCGACGUCCACAGGUGGGGGUUGUGCUUACAGCCCAACACCGUGCAGGACGUUUGGCACUUGCCAGAGAACACCAAGAUUAGCAAAUUCGCCACUGGCGCCCUGUGCUCUUCACAGAUGAAAGCAGGUUCACACGCACAUGUGACAGACGUGACAGAGUCUGGAGACGCCGUGGAGAACGUUCUGCUGCCUGCAACAUCCUCCAGCAUGACCGGUUUGGCGGUGGGUCAGUCAUGGUGUGGGGUGGCAUUUCUUUGGGGGGCCGCACAGCCCUCCAUGUGCUCGCCAGAGGUAGCCAGACUGCCAUUAGGUACCGAGAUGAGAUCCUCAGACCCCUUGUGAGACCAUAUGCUGGUGCGGUUGGCCCUGGGUUCCUCCUAAUGCAAGACAUUGCUAGACCUCAUGUGGCUGGAGUGUGUCAGCAGUUCCUGCAAGAGGGAGGCAUUGAUGCUAUGGACUGGCCCGCCCGUUGCCCAGACCUGAAUCCAAUUGAGCACAUCUGGGACAUCAUGUCUCGCUCCAUCCACCAACGCCACGUUGCACCACAGACUGUCCAGGAGUUGGCGGAUGCUUUAGUCCAGGUCUGGGAGGAGAUCCCUCAGGAGACCAUCCGCCACCUCAUCAGGAGCAUGCCCAGGCGUUGUAGGGAGGUCAUACAGGCACGUGGAGGCCACACACACUACUGAGCCUCAUUUUGACUUGUUUUAAGGACCUUACAUCAUAGUUGGAUUAGCCUGUAGUGUGGUUUUCCACUUUAAUUUUGAGUGUGACUCCAAAUCCAGACCUCCAUGGGUUGAUAAAUUUGAUUUCCAUUGAUAAUUUUUGUGUGAUUUUGUUGUCAGCACAUUCAACUAUGUAAAGAAAAAAGUAUUUAAUAAGAAUAUUUAAUUCAUUCAGAUCUCGGGUGUGUUAUUUUAGUGUGCCCUUUAUUUUUUUGAGCAGUGUAUAUUUUAUCUUACGCCCAUACGUAAAUGCGGGGUGCAUCCGACUAAAUGAUUCAGAAAACCAUGCAAAAUAGAAUUGAAAUUAGUUUAAAUCAUGACACUUGUCUUCCCUUACACCCAGUAAUAUACAUUACUGAAGGAACACUGUCGAUUAGUUUAGCUGAAAUAUUGAAUGGGUGAUGUGCAAGGGUUGACUUGUCAGUCCAUUAUAAUAUAUGUGAUAGAUGUUACUUCCUAGCUCCCAGUGCCCUCAGCAGAGGGUUACAUUUGCUCUUGGAGGAGAGGGGCUUGUCCCCGUAGCCCUGGAACAGCUGAGGACCGUCAUGCUCCUCCUCCGCCUCCGAACUGAUCUCCAUCUUCUGAACGAUCAGCUUCAGCAGGUUGUGCUGCUUCUCAAUAACAUUAGACAUCUCCUUCAGCCUGGGUAAAUAAUAAAACAUAAUUUUAAUAGUCUAAAAAUGUGUGUAGAAUUGAAGCGCUUAAUACAAAAUUGAUAGAAUGCACUUUAAAUACUGAUAGAUUUUUAAAUACUGAUAAACUCAACACUGAUAAACAAUAUCAUGUUAAUACUUGUGCAUUGCUCUGAUGUUGUAUUUGAAUAAGGUCAAAUAACCACUGGUGUGAACUAAGUCCUCACCUGUACUUCUGUUUACUGAUUUCCUGUUCCAUAGGUGUAGAUGGAUGGGAAGUGGGGUUGAGACGGGUUCUCCCAUGUCCCAUACCCAGCAUUGCAAAGAACAUUUCUCUCUGUUAAAGGAGAUUCAGACUACUCAUUAUUACUUUGUUGUUUACCAAACAUCUAUACCAAAAACUAACAGUGUCCUAUGGUGGGCUUGGACAACCUCCAUGUCUCUCCAUAAGUAUUUCCAUGCUGAGUAUUAGUUGAUUUAACAAUCCUUUAAACUAACUGAUACACAAUUUUUAUAGAUCAAUAGAUAAACUGAAGAAAGUCCAUUAUUAAAUGCCUUCGAAAGGAUCUCAAAAUAUUUGUUAUGUUUUUCAAUUUGAAAGCCCUUCGAUUUUACACAAACAUUCAAAGGGCAGUUAACAUGUUCUUUUCAAUACGACCACUUGUAGAAAGGACACACCUUUCUUCUGCAGGCUCUGUUAGGGUACUCAGUGAGAGAGGCCUGGUCAACCCUCUUCAUUAACCAGUACGGCAUCUUCUCCUCUAGACUAGUGUGAAGCUCAAUCUGUAGAAUAAUGGUUUAUAAUACAUGCAGAUUUUUUUUUAUCCUGGCAGUAAAACACUAGUAAAGAGUUUGAAAAUUCUUAGAGUUUGAAAAAGCAUGACAAAGAAAUCAAAACACACCUGCAUUCCCAUUUGCUUCAGCACAGCAUUUGCCUGUACCUCUGCUAUGUCACCAACAGCCAAGCCAAUCUAUGUCACACAAACGGUAGUCAUGUAGAUGCAAUGAAACAUCCUUAGUUGAUAAUGGGAGUAUAAGAAAAUUGCUUCCUGUAGGAUUUUAGGACUUACCAUUAGGUUCAUGAGGAGAAUGGGCACAGCGAAGGUGAACAUAACAAAAAUGGCAUAGGUCAAAGAAGGGAAUGGCAGAAUCCCUUCCAGAAAUGGCUUCAGGAUAUUUUCUUGGUAGUUGAGUUCUCCAACCAUCAUGACAAAUAUUUGCAUGAUUGCUAGCAGCAUGCUAGAUCCACUGUCAACAAAGUUCUGGGAACAACGACGCAUAAAGUCAUAUACAGUGAACACCAAAAGUAUUGGGACAGUGACACAUAAGUUUGUUGUUGUUUCGGCUCUGUACUCCAGCACUUUGGAUUUGAAGUGCAGACUGUCAGCUUUAAUUUGAGGGUACUUUCAUCCAUAUCGUGUUAAGAAAUUACAGCACAUUUUUGCGCAUAAUCCCCCCUAUUUUAGGGAACCAAAAGUAUUGGGACAAUUUCACUUACAGUUGAAGUCGGAAGUUUACAUACAACUUAGCAAAAUACAUUUAAACUCAGUUUUUCACAAUUCCUGACAUUUAAUCCUUGUAAAAAUGCCCUGUCUUAGGUCAGUUAGAAUCACCACUUUAUUUUAAGAAUGUGAAAUGUCAGAAUAAUAGUAGAGAGAAUGAUUUCUUUCAACUUUUAGUUAUUUCAUUACAUUCCCAGUGGGUCAGAAGUUUACAUACACUCAAUUAGUAUUUGGUAGCAUUGCCUUUAAAUUGUUUAACUUGGGUCAAACAUUUUGGGUAGCCUUCCACAAGCUUCCCACAAUAAGUUGGGUAAUUUUGGCCCAUUCCUCCUGACAGAGCUGGUGUAACUUGCUCGCACACGGUUUUUCAGUUCUGCCCACACAUUUGAUAUAGGAUUGAGGUCAGGGCUUUGUGAUGGCCAUUCCAAUACCUUGACUUUGUUGUCCUUAAGCCAUUUUGCCGCAACUUUGGAAGUAUGCUAUGCUUGGGGUCAUUGUCCAUUUGGAAGACCCAUUUGCAACCAAGCUUCAACAUCCUGAGCGAUAUCUUGAGAUGUUGCUUCAAUAUAUCCACAUAAGUUUCCUGCCUCAUGAUGCCAUCUAUUUUGUGAAGUGCACCAGUCCCUCCUGCAGCAAAGCACCCCCACAACAUGAUGCUGCCACCACCGUGCUUCACUGUUGGGAUGGUGUUCUUCAGCUUGCAAGCCUCCCCCUUUUUACUCCAAACAUAACGAUGGUCAGAAUGGCCAAACAGUUAUAUUUUUGUUUCAUCAGACCAGAGGACAUUUCUCCAAAAAGUAUGAUCUUUGUCCCCAUGCAGUGCAGUUGCAAACCGUAGUCAGGCUUUUUUAUGGCGGUUUUGGAGCAGUGGCUUCUUCCUUGCUGAGCGGCCUUUCAGGUUAUGUCGAUAUAGGACUCGUUUUACUGUGAAUAUAGAUACUUUUGUACCUGUUUCCUCCAGCAUCUUCACAAGGUCCUUUGAUGUUGUUCUGGGAUUGAUUUGCACUUUUCACACCAAAGUACGUUCAUCUCUAGGAGACAGAAUGCGUCUCCUUCCUGAGCGGUAUGAUGGCUGCGUGGUCCCAUGGUGUUUAUACUUGCGUACUAUUGUUUGUACAGAGGAAUGCGGUACCUUCAAGCAUUUGGAAAUUGCUCCCAAGGAUGAACCAGACUUGUGGAGGUCUAUAGUUUGUUUACAAGAAAUUUGUGGAGUGGUUGAAAAACGAGUUUGAAUGACUCCAACCUAAGUAUAUGUAAACUUCUGACUUCAACUGUACAUGUGUAUUAAAGAAGUCAAAAGUUAAGUAUUUGGUCCCAGCACGCAAUGAUUACAUCCAGCUUGUGACUCUACAAAUUGGUUGGAUGCAUUUGCUGUUUGUUUUGGUUACGUUUCAGAUUAUUUUGUGCCCAAUAGAAAUGAAUGGGAAAUAAUGUGUUGUGUCAUUUUGGAGUCACUGUUUCUACCAUGAUUCUGGAUAAUCCUGAAUAAAUUGUGAAUUAUGAUGAGUGAGAAAGUUAGACACACAAAUAUCACCCCCCCCCCAAAAAAAUGAUAACCUCUCCUAUUAUUGUAAUGGUGAGAGGUUAGCAUGUCUUGAGGGUAUGAUAUUUGUGCGUUUUGUAAUUUUCUCACUCAUCAUUAUUCACGAUUCAUUCAGUAUUAUCCGUAAUCAUGAUAGCAUCCUCAUUAAUGUAGAAGUGUUAGAAAGAUAUUAUAUUCUUAUUUACAAAUAAAAGAGACUCAAAAAUGACACAAUACAUGUUUUAACAUUAUUUUCUAUUGAGCACAAAAUAAUCUGAAACAACCAAAAAUGCAUCCAACACAUUUGUAGUCACAAGCUUGGUGUAGUUAUUGCGUGCUAGGAAUAUGGGACCAAAUUCUUAACUUUUGACUACUUUAAAAUAAUAAUUUGUCCCAAUACUUUUGGUCCCCUAAAAUGGGGGGACUACAGUAUGUACAAAAAGUUCUGUAGUUUCUAAACGGCUCACCCCAUAUGAAUGAAAAUACCCUCAGAUUAAAGUUGACAGUCUGCACCUUAACCUCAUAGUCAUUGCAUAAUUUCAAAUCCAAAGUGCUGGAGUACAAAGCCAAAACAACAACAAAUGUGUCACUGUCCCAAUAGUUUUGGAGCUCACUGUAACUGUGGAAAUGCAUUAUACAAAUACAAGUUAUUGGUCAUUUUUAACAGAUGUUCACAAACACAUAGCUUCAUACAUUACACAAUACAAUGUUCUUCACAUAGAGAUAAAACAGUGUUAAAUCUCCAUGGUCCUGUAAACAUACCUGGUCUUGUAUCAGGGCAUAGAAAGCCAAUGCAAAUGCAAGCAGCAAGAAGAAGAACAGUACAAUGAUUCUUAAUAGAGUUUUUGCAGUCUCUAAAAACAUCACCACGUAGAUCCCAACACGUUCAAACCUGUGGACCAAUAGAGAUUUUAUUUGUUAAAAUUGCUUUUGUUGAUUAAAAAAAUAAUUUGAUCAGUUUAUAUAAUAAAUCUUUCUUCAAAGAUGAAUCUCAGUAAACCUACACUAUUUUAUGUAAAAAAAAAACAUCCAGUCUCCAUACCGUUGGAAAUAGAGGAGAAAGUUGAUCCAGGAUAGAAGAACUGCCACUACCCCAGCCUCCCAAUGCCAUGUGUCCUUGAAGUCCAUCAGUAAAGGGAUCACAAACAACAGAGAAGUGACGGCAGCACCCCAGUCCAUUGCAUUGGUCACAUCACGGAAGUACUUUGAACCCUUGAAUAGAAACACAUCAAAUUAACGUCUAUUUCAAAAUUGUAACGAAUUCGGGAGGUAGCCCCGAAUGGGUCUCGAACCCGGGUUCAGCGACUGUCAACCAACCACCUUAAACGUUAUACCAAGUUAUCCAAAAUCUUUGACAAGGUUGCUAGGUGUUGGGUUAACUUCGCUACAAUAUAUUUAAAAUGAUCAAAUCACACUACCAGAUAAAUCACACACCAUGGAUUGAGGCUACAGUAUUUAGAACCGAUUUAUAUUUCCAUGAUUACCUGCUGAACUAUCUGCACCAGCUCCUUGCCAACUGUGUACAGAUUCAUGGCAAGAAUCAGGAACAUGCAGGUGGUGAUAAAAUAGCAUUGCUGUGAAGAUGGAGGAUUUGUUAUUGAAUUGGGUUUCUGAGACAAACAAAUACACUAGGAAAGAAGUCUAAUGUCUUGCUGUGGAUGUAAUGGGAUCUCAUACAGCACCUUGUCAAGGGAGGUGGUCACCAUGCUUACUGAUGACGAUGGUGAUGUAGUAUGGGUGACAUUGGUGUUGAGGAUGGGCUUCAGAGUAUGAAUGAUGUGUGUCAGAGGCCCCAGACCAAGUGAGUAGACAGCCAGAUUGAGCAGAUGCACUUUGAUACCAUAGGCGUUCCUAAAUAGAUAUAAGAAACCAUUUGGUGAGUAUUCGCAGGUGACUGUGCACUAAUAUAUUUUGUAUAUAGCUUACUAUAUACUGUAGCUUGGCAUGACUUUUAAUUGAUGUUGUCAAUAUUUACAGUGUUGGAGACAGUAGUAUGAUGUUGAUAUUUACAGUGUUGGAGACAGUAGUAUGAUGUUAAUAUUUACAGUGUUGGAGACAGUAGUAUGAUGUUAAUAUUUACAGUGUUGGAGACAGUAGUAUGAUGUUAAUAUUUACAGUGUUGGAGACAGUAGUAUGUUGUCAAUAUUUACAAUGUUGGAGACAGUAGUAUGAUGUUGAUAUUUACAAUGUUGGAGACAGUAGUAUGAUGUUGAUAUUUACAGUGUUGGAGACAGUAGUAUGAUGUUAAUAUUUACAGUGUUGGAGACAGUAGUAUGAUGUUGUCAAUAUUUACAGUGUUGGAGACAGUAGUAUGAUGUUGAUAUUUACAGUGUUGGAGACAGUAGUAUGAUGUUGAUAUUUACAGUGUUGGAGACAGUAGUAUGAUGUUAAUAUUUACAGUGUUGGAGACAGUAGUAUGAUGUUGAUAUUUACAGUGUUGGAGACAGUAGUAUGAUGUUGAUAUUUACAGUGUUGGAGACAGUAGUAUGAUGUUAAUAUUUACAGUGUUGGAGACAGUAGUAUGAUGUUAAUAUUUACAGUGUUGGAGACAGUAGUAUGAUGUCGAUAUUUACAGUGUUGGAGACAGUAGUAUGAUGUUGAUAUUUACAGUGUUGGAGACAGUAGUAUGAUGUUAAUAUUUACAGUGUUGGAGACAGUAGUAUGAUGUUGAUAUUUACAGUGUUGGAGACAGUAGUAUGAUGUUGAUAUUUACAGUGUUGGAGACAGUAGUAUGAUGUUGAUAUUUACAGUGUUGGAGACGGUAGUAUAACCAUAGCGUAUUAUGAUAAAGGUCAUGCAGUGUCACUCA